CGGAAGAGAGUCACGCCUCUUCAAGAAUUACCCGCCAACUUCCAGACUAAACUCGGCGCCACAAGACUGAGGCACACACAUUCACAGCGGACUCAGAAACAGUAUAAACUCACACCCCUUCAAAUCACAGCGAACUCAACACAAUGCGCUCCAAGAGGCAGCAGGCGUCUCCCCCCUCGACCAGAAUGAAUCUGCGCAGUUACAGGAGCACUGCUGUGCUUCCCAUGGAGACCUCCUCCUCCUCCUCAGAUGACAGCUGUGACAGUUUUGGAUCUGAUGGUUUUGGGACCUCGAAGAGACUGCUGAGACAGACGAGAAGAUCUGCUCAGAGUGAGAAAGUGUUUAACGUUUUACCUGUGACGGAGGAAGAGGAUGCGUGCAGCGGUUUUGAGAACGACCUGAACGACGACAUGACUGAAAUGAAAAUGGACUCCGAUUCUGAGGCCUGUUCGCCUCCCAGAAAAACUCGCAAAUCGUUCACGCUCAGAGUAGCCAUGAAGUUCCCGAACAAACGGGCCAGUCCAUCAAAGCCAGUGUCGCCUGAGUCCAAGUCCAAACCCGGCCCUAAACCUAAACCCAAAGACCCCGAGUCUGACUCUGAGGGAGAGAACUUCAUGCUGAAGAGAGCGCUGAACAUCAAAGAGAACAAAGCUAUGCUUGCUAAGCUAAUGGCAGAGCUGGAUAAGGUUCCUGGACUCAUUCCCAGGAAGGCUGCUUUGUCACAGGGCAAUACGCCUCGUCGUGUUUCUCGGCGCUCUCUGGAACCCAGCGCCGCUCGCCGGAGAAACCCAGAGCGAACAUCCCGUCCUCACACACGCUCACGGUCACUGGUGGACGGACCACCCUCCCCUCUUCCAGAGGAUGAGGCCGAGGACAAGUACAGCCUGGUCCGCAGAAACAGAAAUGACGAUGGCGACGACGAUGAUGAAGAAGAGAAAGAGCCACGUCGGCGCAGCUAUAACAGCACUCUGACGAUUCCUCAUGUUGUGAGGCCUGUGGAGGAAAUCACUGAGGCUGAACUGGACAACAUCUGUGUAAACGUCAGAGAGAAGAUUUACAACCGGGCCACUGGAUCCACCUGCCAUCAGUGUCGACAAAAAACAACCGACACCAAGACCAACUGCCGCAACCCAGAAUGCGUGGGAGUUCGCGGGCAGUUCUGCGGGCCUUGUCUCAAGAACCGAUACGGAGAAGAUGUCCGUGAUGCCCUCCUGAACCCGGAGUGGCUUUGCCCCCCAUGCAGGGGCAUCUGUAACUGCAGUUUCUGCCGUGCCAGAGAGGGCCGCUGCGCUACAGGUGUGCUCGUGUACCUGGCCAAGUACCACGGCUAUGACAAUGUCCACUCAUAUCUGAAAAGUUUAAAGAAGGAACUGGAGGAAAGUGAAUAAAAUGGUUGCCAGGUUCGGCAGAGUCCAACCAUAACUGAUGUUGUCCUCAAGUGUCUCAAUUGAUGCAUGAUUCUCAGAGCUUCCUUAACCCCGCUGCAGGUUCAAUUUGAGUAGACUGUUAUGAGUUGUCUACAUGAAAUCUUUAAGUUUGCAUUGUUUUAAAUGUAUUAUUUUUCAAAGGGAGUGUUUUUAUCUCUGUACUCUAUUGGCUGCAAUACUUGUUCUCUUUGCUGUUUUUACCUUGAUUUUUCCAAUCUGUAGGUUUUUUUAGAUGCUGUUAUAGCAGUACAUUGUGCAGUUGUCAUUCUUGAAUAAAAUGUGAUUUCUAAGUUCUGUUGUCUUUAUGGGUCAAUUCAGGGGAAAAUAUUUGUUUGUGUUGGUUUUGUUCUUUGAAAACCUUUUAUACCAAUUUUUUGACAAGUUGUGGUGUAAUGUUAACGUUUUCCCUU